CUCUAGCACAACUGGCCGCGACAGGCGCGAGAAGUGACAGAUCGGCGCGACUUGGCGGCUUGUCGCGUGUUGGCAGCACAACUCACGCGCGAGAGCCGCGACAAACUCGCGAUCAAGUGUCACUGUCAGAAAAUGACACAGAUCGCGACUUUGAACUAAAAACCGUAGCACAACUACCUUAUUUGUAGACAAAAUGUUCUCUCGUGUUUACGUCAAACCGCGAGUCAAAGUCUACGCGACUUGAGAGCGCGAUUUGGGUGAUUGUGUCAUUUUUGUGCAAAAAAGAAUUCAGAAAUCUCUUUAAAAGGUAAGUUAAAAUAUAGUUUAUUUACGUAAAUGCUAUUUAAUUGCCUACUCCGUACAAGUACAAUAUUACAAAUAACCAUCACAACAUUUUUCAGAAUGGCUUUGUUCUUUAUUUUAUAUGAAGAGAAACGAGCCCGGCAAAUUCAGCGGGCUCGUCUGAGAGAUCUUGCCAACCCCUUCGAGCUCCCGGAACAAGAUUUCUUCCAUAACUACCGGAUGAAUAAGCCUAUGGCUUUAUACUUGUGCCGGGAGUUAGAAGGUGCGUUGGCUCCCCGGCAGCAGCAUGGGCUCCCUGUCCACAUCAAGGUGCUGGUCGCCAUUAAGUUCAUGGCAGGUGGCAGCUAUCAGCGGGAGGUCGGACAGGACCACACUUUGUGCGUGGCACAAAGGACGGCCUCCAAAUACCUAAGUCAGGUGGUGGCCGCUAUUAACAGAAGCCUUAAACCGAAAUGGAUAUCCUUCCCGGGUACCGAGGGGGAAAGACGAGACGUCGCGGCAGCUUUUGAACAAAAAUAUGGCUUGCCAGAUUUGUUGGGAACUGUCGACUGUACCCACGUUUCGAUCUUUCCUCCUCCUAGACCGCACGGCCUGCAGUUCAUCAACCGUAAGGGAAAGCAUACAAUCAACGUGCAAUUGAUCGCUGAUGUAAACUGCAGGUUGCUGCAUGUAAAUGCCCAGUAUCCGGGAAAGGUCCAUGACCAGUUUAUAUUUAACCACUCGAUGGUUAAAACUGAAAUGCGCCGGCUCUACGACUUAAGAAUCGGGUCGUAUUACCUGCUGGGAGAUUCAGGUUACGGACUGGAGCCAUGGCUUAUGACUCCAGUCCGUAACGCUGCACCAGGGUCUGCGGAGGAGCGGUACACUAAAUGGCAUUGCCGGGUCCGCAACACCAUCGAGCGGACCAACGGCUACCUGAAAGGGUCACUCCGUUGCUUGGGCCUGGACCGCUCCCUCCACUACAGCCCAGAAAAGGCGUGCCGGCUCAUAUACGCCUGUUGUACCAUCUACAACAUCAUGAAACAUUUCAGGGUGGAAAUGCGCGAAAUAAACGAGGAAGAACCUGACGACAACCACAGGCUGGAGCCUGUACCACAGGCGGCACUAUACCAGGCCGCCUUGAACAAAAGGCAGGGUAUAAUUCGACAAUAUUUUAACUAAGAAUAUUUUUUA